CCAAACCUGUGUCUCGCUUAAAUCUUUGUACUUUGCCCUAGCUUUCUCACAUUCUUCACCCAAGUUCAAACCCUGUUUUACCUAACCAUGUCUUCAACUACUGUUUGUCAUCAAGAGCUUCAACCCUGUGUUGAGUCUCUUGUUCGGCUCCAAUUGGUUCCGCCAAAACCGACAGCAGUAGUCGCCAUUACCGAACCUCAGGAGGUCGGAAAAACCGGUGACAAACCUAGCUGGAGCUUCCUCCAGUCUUUCACCACCGCAAUUCAGACCCCUAAAACAGAGACUGAAACAGAAGAUGUCUAUGUUCACCCUCUUGCGAAACGCUCGGCUUCGGUGCUCAGCCCCAAAAGCCUGGCAAUGUGCACUGAAAGCUUGGGCAGCGAGACCGGAAGCGAUGCAAGCAGUGAUGAUAUGUCUUUGCUUCUGCUCAAAAACGAUGACGUUCCUUUCCUCUCACUUGAAGCUGAGAAAACCCCAACAUUCUCUGCUUCAAAACAGAGUAGUGUGGAAAUCCCAAGGUUGACUGAGAGUGUUCCAUCACCGAAGAGACUGGUUCGUAGUGUUAAUGGUGAGAAUAACUUUCCUCCACCUUUGAAUUCCAUCAGUGGCUCCAAUGGCGUCCAAUUUUUGCCUCACCGCGAAGGCGGUAGGCUUGUUCUGAAAGCCGUUCCUGUCACUUCUCCUGUAAGCUACUUCGAAGCAGAGCGCGGCGAUGGGCGGCUCAGGCUUCGCUUAUUCAUGGACAUGCCUCUGACCUCUGAGGAGGUUGAAGAAGAUGGAGAAGAAUAUGAUGAGGUUGUUGAAGAAGAUGAAGUGGUUGAAGAGAUGAUGGAAGUUGAGACUAAAACAUGUUGGGAGAAAGAGGAAGAUAAAAUGGAAAUGGAAGUGGAGGAAAGUGGUGGCUGUUGGGAGACAGAGGAGGAGAUGGAAAGAAAUAGUGGAAUUGUUGUGGGUGAAACUGGAAUGGAGAAGAAGCUCCCUAGCCGGUGCAAGGAAAACCGGCGUGGUAACAACAAAAUGGUCAUGAACUGGCCGCCGGAGUCGUUCUGGGUCGCUACCUAAAACAGAGUUGCUCUGUUUCUGAAGAUUAACUAAUAUUGUUUCACUUCGGCUUUUUUCUUCUAUAUUUUCAUAGAUUUACUAGUCAUGAAAAAUAUUGAAGUUCCCCUAGCUAGCUUGUGAUGUAUGAAUCGGCUAAUCUGGCUAAUGUUAGUUAUUGUCGU